AUGCUGUGGGGGGGGACUCUAGCUGUGAUGGUCAUGUGCAUGGGCCACAUGUGUGGCUGCGCGGAGGCUGAUGCGGCGGGCGCUCUGCUCGUGCCCAGAGACUACGGGGUGAAGCUGUGCGGCAGAGAGUUCAUCAGGGCCGUCAUCUUCACGUGCGGAGGCUCGCGCUGGAGACGCUCCGUAGAGGAGCACUUAGCUCCUCCCCAGAGGAGGUCUUACAUGGCGGAAGGUAACCAGCACAUUUGGCAAACUGACGCAGAAGUACUCCCUGCUGAUGCAACAGAUGCCCACUCUACUCUCCGCAUCUCCCCCUCCUCCUACUCCCUGGCAGACCUCUUGGCUCUCUUGGGGGCACCGGAAGACCCCAAACGCCCAGUGAGCAACACGGAGUCUCUGCGGGACAUUCCGGAGUCCACAGCUUUAGGUGAGCAGCAGAGGAACCCAGGCGCUGACUGGCCCGAGCGCAACAAGAGGAAGAGGAACUUCUCUCUGGGAGUGGCGGGGAUGUGCUGCAACCAGGGCUGUACCAAACAGGACAUCGGGCGCUUGUGCUGAGGCUGGGUGACAGGAUGGAGACAGGGAAAG